AAUAAGUGUAAUCUUAUUGAAAAAUUGAUGUACACUUUCCUGUGAGGAAAAGAACCAUGAGUCUUUGCUUAGAUUGAACUCUCAUAAGGAUAAUCUCCAUUUUUAUUUGUGCCCAUCCUUCAGGGAUAUUUUCCUAAAUAGCCCAGAACCAGGGAUAAUCAGUACAAGCCUCAAUAGCCAAGUGCCCUUGGUUCGAAACAACCACUCCCUUGGUUCCCUAAACAGCUGUCAAUUUUAUGCCACAUUUUCUCACCAGAGAGAAAAAUUAAUAAUGUCCUUAGGAAGCAUUAUUGAGCAUUGUCUUGGUCUGAGGCCCUGUGCUAAACACUGAGUUAAGGAAGACUGAAAGUUUUCUGCCCUCCGUGAGCUCCCAGUCUGACAUGGAGAGACACACACAUACUGACUAGGAGGUAAGUCAGCCUGAACGAACCUUGAAAAUAUUAUGCUGGAUGAGAUAAGGUCAGUCACAAAAGGACAUACUGUAUGAUCCCACUUAUUUGAAAUACCUAGAAUAGACAAAUGCGUAGAGACCAAAGUUUAUUAGUGAUUUCCGGUGGGGGAGGGAGGGGAAAAGGAAAGUCGUUGCUCAAGAAUCACUGAGCUUCUGUGAAGGGUGAUGGAAAAAUACAGAAAUGGGUAAUAGCGAUGGUUGCACAAUGUGAUGAACGUAAUUAAUGUCACUGAAUUCUACAUGUACAGAGCUUUUUGAAAUAGCAUUUGUUGUGUAUAAUUUUGAGUCCCUGAGCUUUGCAAACAGUUAAUGUGCUCGGCUGCUAACUGAAAAGGUUGGCAGUUUGAGUCCACCCAGAGGCACCUCAGAAGAAAGGCCUAGUGAUCUACUUCCGAAAAAAUCAGUUAUUGAAAACCCUAUGGAGCUUAGUUCUACUCUGACACACACACGGUCGCCGUGAGUUGGAAUCAACUUGAUAGCCACUGGGUUUUUUAAUAUGUAUUUUUACAACAGUGAAAAAGAAAAACUGAUUAGGUGGUGAGUAAAAAGCACUGAGCUUGGAGUCUGAAAGACCUGGAUCUAGAUGCAUAUUUCUGUGUGCAAUUCCAAAAGUCACAAAGCUCUGCAAACUGACAGUUUUUCCUAGCUCGUUUGGAGGGAAAACCUGGUCUGACAUGAGGUCUUUAAAAGGGUCGUUAUUCAUCCCACUUAGUGCGACUUCAUACAUUUUGCUGCAGAAACUGCAGUGUGUGUGAUUACAGGGUGCUGCUCCAGCAUCCACUGGGGUGCAUAUAAAACAUGGUUCUGAGCCCUGGAACAUGUCUGGUCCCAAAAAAUUUGGAAAAGAGAUUGUGAACCUAUGCUUUGUCAUGAUCAAUUGGGAAAAAAAAAAAGACUUUGUAAACAAAAAAGCAAUAAACUCAUGUAGGAUGGUCUUAAACAGUACCCUCGCCCCUACUGACAGAGUAUAACAGGAGCACCAAGGAUGGAGCAAGUCAUUUUUUUUUUUUUUUCAGGGCCAGAAAGAGGGUCAAAAGGCAUCUUAGGGAAGUAAAAUUUGAGCUGGGUCUUAAAGGACUGAAGAACAUGGAGUUAGCUGCUGUGGGCGGAUCAGAUGUCCAUGUGAAGAUGCUGGCGGCCCCCAUCAAUCCAUCUGACAUAAAUAUGAUCCAAGGAAACUAUGGCCUCCUUCCCGAACUGCCUGCUGUUGGAGGGAAUGAAGGCGUUGGACAGGUGAUAGCAGUAGGCAGCAAUGUGACUGGGGUGAAGCCAGGAGACUGGGUGAUUCCAGCAAAUCCCGGCUUGGGGACCUGGCGGACCGAGGCUGUGUUCAGUGAAGAAGCACUGAUCGAAGUUCCAAGUGACAUUCCUCUUCAGAGUGCUGCCACCCUGGGUGUCAAUCCCUGUACAGCCUACAGGAUGUUGAUGGACUUUGAGCAGCUGCAGCCAGGAGACUCUGUCAUCCAGAAUGCAUCCAACAGUGGAGUGGGGCAAGCAGUCAUCCAGAUCGCCGCAGCCCUGGGCCUGAAGACAAUCAAUGUAGUCAGAGACAGACCUGACAUCCAGAAGCUGACGGACAGACUAAAGAAUCUGGGAGCUGAGCAUGUCGUCACAGAGGAGGGACUAAGAAAGCCUGAGAUGAAAAACAUCUUUAAGGCCAUUCCCCAGCCACGGCUUGCUCUCAACUGUGUCGGCGGGAAAAGCUCCACAGAGUUGCUGCGGCAGUUAGCGCCUGGAGGAACCAUGGUGACGUACGGGGGGAUGGCCAAGCAGCCCAUCAUAGCCUCUGUGAGCCUGAUCAUUUUUAAGGAUCUCAAACUUCGGGGCUUUUGGUUGUCCCAGUGGAAGAAGGAUCACAGCCUAGACCAGUUCAGGGAGCUGCUCCUCACACUGUGCGACUUCAUCCACCGAGGCCAGCUCACGGCCCCUGCCUGCUCCGAAGUCCCACUGCAGGACUACCAGCGUGCCUUGGAAGCUUCCAUGAAGCCCUUUGUGUCUUCAAAGCAGAUUCUCACCAUGGGAUGAUCCUGGAGGAGCCAGAGUGCAGUGGAAGGGGAGACAAUCAGCAGGAUGCACUUCAGGCCUCCCAGUCAGUGCCCCCAACCUUUCCCAGGCCGCUCCUCUCCUCGCUGUCACUGCCGACUAGGAGGGUGGUGAUCCCAGCCAGGUCUUUGCCCAGGCCAGCCUCGGCGUACCUAAUAAAGUCUGAACUUUCUUAAAAAAAGGCAGCAGCAGCAACAUCCCUGUCAGAAAGGACCACUGUGCACCUGCCAUCUCACAGCCCUAAGAAGUUUCCUCCUUGCUUUUCCUGCAUUUUUUCCCCUGUAAUCAUUUCCAGACCACCUGAAAGCAAGGCCUGGGUGGGUACAAAAGCCAGUAAGACGCAGUGAUCUCUGCCCUCAAGCUGUCCAAGCCCACGGAAAAGAAUCUUGUGGAAAGGAAGGUUUGACACACUUCCCGGGUAGUGUGCAGCUUAGUCUGGGCCAGAGGGAGAACCGGCUGCAAGAAUGCCAGGCUGCGGCCAUCAAAAUCCAGGGUACCAAGGAAGCAGGGUCUCAGGUGGCUGGACCACCUUCAUUCAGCUUCCAUUCUUACACCAGUGACUCUCAACCAGAGCAGUCUUACUCCCAGGGGACAUUUGUCAGUGUCUAGAGACGUUUUUGGAAACCCUGGUGGCAUAGUGGUUAAGUGCUACAGCUGCUAACCAAAGAGUUGGCAGUUCAAAUCCACCAGGCGCUCCUCAGAAACUCUAUGGCGCAGUUCUACUCUGUCCUACAGGGUCGCUAUGAGUCAGAAUCGACUCAACAGGACUGGGUUUGGUUUGGUUUGGGUAGAGACAUUUUUGGUUGUCUUAACUGAAGGGGUGCUGUUGGCAUCUAGUGAGCAGAGGUCAGGAAUGCUGUGCUACAUCGUACCGUGCACAGAACAGCUCCCCCCAACAAAGAAUUAUCGGGCCUAAAACGUUCAUAGUGCCACUUCUGAGAAACCCGGUACUAAACAAACUGGUCCGCAGUAAUUACCGCAGUGGCUAGUGCUAUAAAGAAGACGUGUGAGGUGCUAUGUGAACAUAACUAAGGUCGUCUUGGGGUUAGGGAAAAUAUCUUUGAAGUGAAGCUUAAAGUGGGCUCUGAAAAACGAGUAGGAUUUAUUCAGGCAGAGAAGACUUUCCCAUGUUUGCUUUGUGAUCUAUGUACCCAAAGCAGAGAAAAGAGACUUUGGAAUGUUUUCCCUUGUCGCCUGGCCCUCUGUGCACAUAAUUCAAAAGCCUCAUUCAGGGAGUAUUUACUGAGUACCUCAUGUGUACCUAGAGCUGGGGAUACCAAUGAAAAAUGUGGUGCCAGCUCUCAAGUUGCUUAGGGAGACAGAUGAUUAUAACAAUGAAGCCACUGAUAACAGGGGUGUUUAGAGGGCCAUGAGGACACAGCAGAGGCCCCCCCCCCGCCCGCCCAGCUCUGCCCCAGGGUGUCAAGAAAGGCUUCCUGACGGAAGUGUCUGUAGCAGAUCUUGAAAGCUGAGGUGGAAAAGGUGUUCCAAGGAAAGCCAACAGCACUCUUGAAAGUACGGAGGCCUGAGAGCCUGACCCUUCAGGGAACUGGGAGCAAUUCAGUGUAAUGUGGGGAGAGGUGAGAACUGAGUUGUAGCGGGGGAGGUGUCAGAUCAGAGAGAGCCACAAAGUCAGGACUUACACUGAAGCAGCAGGGAGCCACUGAAGGAUUUUAAACAGCAGAAGGACAUGAAAAAAUGUUUCAAAGGCCAAAGUACACUUGUGUACUGUUGCAUGCUAGUGUGUACACAGGUGCCCCGGAUAAUCAUCUUGCCUUUGGGAGGAACUUGUGUGUCCUCUGGAGAAAAGGACUCAGCUUCAGCCCAUGUACUCUGUAAAAUUCACCACCUCGUGCACCUUAUUCAGGAUCAGCCCCAGCUUCCCCUCUAACUCCAUUCCCCCCAUCCUCUAGGUUAGUGGGACAGAUGAGUUGUACAGAUGGUUAAUAUGAAAGAGCCUGGGAGAGAGAGGAGGCUGCCCAAAGGCCACAGGGCUGAAUGUUAAGAUUAGGUGCUUCGUAGAGAAUCCAAGGGUGAGAGGGAGGGAGCACGAUGAGCCUGUGGCCAUGCGAGGGAGCAGGCCCCUCUGAAAGAAUUCAGAUGAGGAUAGUUUGUAACAUGGUUAGAGAGCUCAUGGAAGGGCUCCUGAGAACAGUGAAAGGAGUUGUUUAUGUAUAGACUCUUGGGGGUCUGGAGGAAACCCUGGAUGGUGCAAAUAGUUAAUAUGCUCAGCUGAUAACGAGGAAGUCGAAAAGUUCUAGUGCCAUCACAGGCACCUCAGAAAAAAAGGCCUAGCAAUCUACUUCCAAAAAAUCAGCCCUGAAAACCCUACGGAGCAUGCUACUCUGACACACAUGGGGCCACCAUGAAUUGGAAUCAACCUGAGGGCAAAUGGCCAUGGUCUCGAGGUGACUUUGAGCUGAUCUUUUUAAAAGAUGAUUACAUUUCCUCAGGCAGGGGAGAGACAGGAGCAUUACAGACUAAGGGACCGUAUUAAGCAAAGUCAUAGAAGCAUGACAUUUGUCAGAAACUUCUAACUUUCCCCAAAUAUUCAUUCUCUCCUUCAGAAGUGAAACCCACAAUUUUUAAGUGCGCACGUGGCCGACUGGAAUAAACCCAUUUCCCGGUCUCUCUCACAGCUAACAGGUUCUGACCUGUGCCAGGUAAGCAGUUGUGUUUGGUGUUGGUUUUUUAGGAACCUCUUUAAAAUAUGGCUGGCAUGUGUCCUGUGCCGUUUUCUUUCUCUGUCUUCCUCCUCACUGGAAUGCAGACAUAAUUCCUAGAGCUUGUACUAGAAGGUGCCCCCAUUAAGGAUGAGAGAGAAACAAGAUUAAAGAAGCUAGCACCCAGACUAACCACCCCAAGAUUUUUACAUGAGAAAUAAGCUUUUAUCUUGUUUUGUUGUUAGGUGCUGCCUUAGUUAUCUAGUGCCGCUAUAACAGAAAUAGCACAUGCGGAUGGCUUUAACAAAGAGAAGUUUAUUCUCUCACCGUCCAGCAGACGUCCGAAUUCAGGGCGCUGGCUCCAGGGAAGGCUUUCUGUCAGCUCUGGGGGAAGGUCCUUGUGAUACGUCAGUCUUCCCUUAGUCUGGGAGCAUCUCAGCUCAGGAACCUCAGGUCCAAAGGACAUGCUCAGCUCCAGGCACUGCUUGCUUGGUGGUAUGAGGUCCCCAUGUCUCUCUGCUAGCCUCUCUCUUUUAUAUCUCAAAAGAGACUGACUUAAGACACUAUCUAAUCUUGUAGAUCUCAUCAAUAUAACUGCCGAUAAUCCAUCUUAUUACAUUAUAGUGAUAGGAUUUACAACACAUAGGGAAAUCACAUCAAGUGAUAAAACGGUAAACAAUCAUACAAGGGAAUCCUGACCUAGCCAGCUUGACAGAUAUUUUUGAGGGACACAAUCCAUGACAGGUGCUGUCCAGUCCAUUCCAACUCAUCAUAACCCCAUGUGACAGAGCAGAACUCCCCACAGGGUUUUCUAGGUUGUAAUCUUUAUGGGAAAAGAUCACCAGGUCUUUCUCCCAGGGAGCCACUGGGUGAGUUCAAACCGCCAACCUUUCAGUUAGCAGCCAAGCACUUAACCGUUGCACCACCUGUAAAACCUCAUUGCCAUCGAGCUGAUUCUGAUUCGUUGCGACCCUACAAGACAGGGUAGAACUGCCCCAUAGGGUUUCCAAGGCUGUAAAUCUUUACAGAAGCCUACUGCCACAUCUGUCCCCCACAGAGCAGCUGAUGUGUUCCAACUGAUGACCUUUCUGUUAGCAGCCAAGCACUUAACCACUGUGUCACCAGGACUCUAUCUUGUUUACCAAAAAAAAAACCAAACCCAGUGCCGUCAAGUCGAUUCCAACUCAUAGCGACCCUACAGAACAGAGUAGAACUGCCCCAUAGAGUUUCCAAGGAGCGCCUGGCAGAUUUGAACUGCCGACCUUUUGGUCAGCAGCCGUAGCACUUAACCGCUAUACCACCAGGGUUUCCCUAUGCUGUUUAAACCCCUAUAAUUUGGAAUUUAUCUGAGCUUAAUCCUAGUUGAUAUAAAUUGCAUGAUUUAACUUGUACUGAGGUGAGAUCUGAAGCUGAAAAGCAAACUGAGGCAGUUUAUUAUUCCUAGCUAAGCAAUUUGGACUUUAUCUUGUUGGUAGUUGGGAAAAAAAAGAUUUUUGAGACAGAGGAUCAGAACUGUGCUUUAGAAAAAUCAUCAGGCAGUAGGCAGGGUGACACUUUGAAGGUGGGAGGCAGUAAAGAAAGCAAUAUGUCAGAAAUUCCCAGGCUUCAGAAUAUAAGUAAAAUCCCCCAAAAUUUCAAAGACCAACUAAGGAUUACCAGCAUUUAGGAAGCUAGCAGAGGAAAAGAGUCUGAGAUAACAAUGCUAAAAGAGAAUCUGACUUAAAGUGGAGUUAGGUCUUCCACACUUAACAAAUUGUUUUUAGUUUUCAAGCAAAAUCUCCCUGUGGACUUGGGACAGCUCUUCUGGCCCAGUAAGCAUGCAUUCCUUUUAAAGGGCAAAAGGAGGAAACCUUGGCUCCAGGAGACUAAAAGAAAACAAACAGGCAUUACCUCCUAAAUCUGAGUUUGGGCACACCUGGAGCCCUGGGGCUUCCCAACCCUGGCUCUCCCUAUUGUUUUCUGGCAGCAUCCACCCUGAGACUACCUACAGCCACUGCCAUAAUAUUGAUGAAGCUCUUGUGUCUUGGGAGAUGAGAUAAUUAAGCCCGCUUUCCUCAGGGAAGACUGAGGCCCAGAAGAAAAAUGUUCUCACGUUAACCUGGGUGUGCCAGGCAUCACUGUCCUUGUGCCUGGAAGCUCUCAGCAACAACCCCACCCCCACACUUACUGGCAGGCGCCUAAGCAGGCGCUGUACCCUGGGUGGGGCACUGGGCCCAGGCCAGAAGCAGCUGGAAAUGGUGGAGAAGAGUCAGUCUCUCCUGGCACAGUAUCUGCCUGCAGAAAAAUUCCUGGGAGGACAGUGGGACUGGCCUAAAGGUAAAUGGGAAGGAGAUAUUGGCACCCACUGAAAGGGAAGAAAGCCUUCUCCAUGCCAACGGUACUUUGCAGUGUACAAGCACAUUCAUGUGCAUCUUCAUUUGAUUUUUUUCAAUUUCCCUACGUCAUAGAAAUCUUAAUAUCAUCUCUUUACAAACGAGGAAGCCACUCAGAGAGGUGAAGUGAGUUGCUCAAGGUCACACAGCUAGCAAACAACAGAACUGGCACCAGAAGCCAGGUCCCCUGACCCAGUCUGUUCAUCAUACCAGUCAGUCCUGAUUCUGUUGGCCUUACAGUUGGCCUUGGAGCUCCAUGUCUUCUUACCCGUACCUUACCUGUUGCCAGUGAGUCAAUUCCGACUCAUCUCGACCCUACAGGACAGAGUAGAACUACCCCAUAGGUUUUCCAAGGAGCGGCUAGUGGCUUUGAACUGCCAACCACUAUGCCACCAGGGCUCCCCAAUCCCUCUUUAGGACCCCCUAAUUUUGUUCUUGACAUGUCAUUUGGAAGAGCGUUCAAAUUUUCCUGUGUCUGACUCAUGGGGAAGCAUGAAAAAAGGGAGAAUCAGGCUAUUGAAGUUGUCUAAGUGAAGAACACUUGCUUAUUCAUUCAGUAAACAUUCUGAACACCCAUUAUGUGAAAGGCACUGUUGUAGUUGCUAGGGAUACAGCAGGAGUCUACAGACAUGGCCCCUGAUACAUUCUAGUGGAGGGGAAAGACAGUGAAUGAAUGAAUAAACAAGGUAAUUGCAGACUGGUAAGUGCUAUGAAAGAAAAAACAGGGUGCUGUCAUAAUGACGGCAACGGGUCUGGUUUUCAGUAUCAUAAUGACAGGGAGUAUUUGAGAUAAUGUGGGCAAGGAAGGCCCGAGACCUGAAUAAGACCAUAUUCCCGGCAGAGGGAGCCAGGCAGGUAAAAGCCUUAAUGUGUGAACAACAUGAGGCCUAACCCAGGUUAGUAAGUGGGGUUGGAGAGAAGUGGAUGGAUUCUUAAAUGUUUAGGAGGAGGAAUCAACAGGACAGAUCAAAUGUGGAUGGAGAGUCACAGCUUUGGCACCUUGCUGGAUAGAUGUGCCACUCUCUGAGUUAGGGAAUUAGGUUUUGUAGACAGACAUUUCGCCUCUGUGAGGCUCUUUCCCAUCUGUACAAUGGGUUGAUUAGACUAUGCGAUAACCAAGGUUAAUAUUAGUUCUUAAGAAUGUUAUGGUCCUCACACCUUACUAAAUUUGAAAUGGCUCAAAGAUUACAAUAUACAAAUAAGCCCUACAGUGAAUUUGUUAUUUGGGGAGGAACAACUCAGAAAAGGAAGAUGAGACUGGUUGCACAACUCAAAAAUGUAAUCAGUGCCACUAAAUGGUACAUGUAAAAACUGUUGGUGUAUGUUUUGCUACGUAUAUUCUCAACAACAAAAUAUAUUUUUUAAAAAAAUUUUUAAUAUGCCCUGAAAAUAACAGAAUAAAGCAUGGAGGUUUUUUGUUUUAAAUCUCAGCAUGAAGGUCUUUCAAACUACAACACAAAACCCAGAAUAAAAUUUUUUAAAAGGAAGGGUAAAUUUGAUCUCAUAAAUAUCCAAUGUGUUUGCAUGGCAAAAACCACUCCAGCCAAAGUCAAAGAACAAACUGGGAAAAAAUAUUUGCAAUUCAUAUGACAAAGAGCUGAUUUUCCUCAUGUAAAAAAAAAAAAAAAAAAUUUUAUAA